AAAAUAACUUCUGAGUUUGAAAAAUAACUAAUAAUUGUUAGAAUGUAGUUUGCAACAUAUCGACAUGGCAUCCCAGUUAUCUAUGGUUCAAGCUUAAAACAAAAACAAAAUUUUUACGAAAAACCGUUCUAUUCUAAAUUUUUAAGCGUUUAUAAAUCAAAUGAAGAAGAAAAUUUGCCUAAUUUUUAUAACAUAGAAAAUAUUUCCUCUAAAUUUUUCAAAAUAACUUUACCAAACACUGAAUCUGUUUUUUUUCCAUUAGUACAUUGUUAAUCAAAAUGUAUUGUGUUGUGGAGACGCUCGAAGAUGAAGGGAAGUUCGUGACGGCAGUUCCCAAAAAUUGGGUCAUCGAUGGAACGAAGCUAUUAUGGCCAAAGUCCAAGAAAGAUUCCAUUUGCGGUCGGAAAAAUUGCAUCACAGCAUCGGAUGAUUGGCAAAGCAUAGCAUGCAAAUUAAUAUUUGAUGACAUCGGUUCCUGGGAGGAAGCAGUUCAGAAGGAAAAGGAUGCCGAGUAUUUGUCUUCUUCUGAAGAAAAUACGGAAGAAGAGACCAUCGACACCAAUUCUUCGGAAUACAUGACAGAUCUGAACAAAUUGAUGUCAACUUUGAUUCCUAAUACUGGUAAGUUUAAAAUGUAUAAAUAUGGGAACAAAGUAACUAAUUUUGUCAUACUUACUUCUAAUUUUCAAGACGUUUCCCCGUUCACCCCCCCAAAUGAAGAUGUUACCAUCACUAAUGUCAUUUCCGAGUUAUACACGCAUGAAGGCCCCAGCACCAGUACCCAAUUCAAGGAACUGUCGUCCAAAAUAGACGAAAUUUUGGAAAGACAGCGUUCCACUGAGGUGAAGGUGCAGGCCAUGCAAGGAAUGCUGGAGGCAUUCAUGGCGAAGUCCGAAGUUUCGGUCAAUUUGUUGGCGUCCAAAAUUGGAAAAGACAAUGCAGAGGAAGUGGAUGAGGAACUGCAACUUGAUGAAAUUUUCCCACUUACCUCUGUCCAACAAAUUGAGGAAAUGGAGGAAAAACUCCAUCAAAAUGGAUUGUUAAAAAAAAAUUGGUAAGUACCAAAAUAUAUGAAAUAUUUGAAUUUAUAAGAUAUCAAUAGAUUCUAUAUUGAUUUCAUUUUCAUUUGUUACUU